AACAACAUCUUGCAAGAGAAGGGAUGCAUUGAUCGAGGCACAACACCAAGAUAUUCUGGAUAGACUUGAGAGUGGUGAGAUAUCUACUGGAAGGGGCUUGCACCAAUCAUCUACUCUUCCUAGACCGGGAGAUACUAGAUGGGGUUCACAUCAUACUACCUUACUUCGUUUGGAUCAAAUGUGGUCCUCUGUGUUAAAGGUGCUUAGUACAGUUGAUGAAUAUGGACGUGGACCAUCUCAAGCAGCGGGUUUGAUAGAAAAAAUGGAGAGCUUUAAAUUUGCUUUCAUUUUAAAGCUUAUGUUGAAGUUAUUUGGCAUCACAAAUGAGCUUUCAAAAGUAUUGCAAAGAAAAGAUCUUAAUAUUGUUCUUGCCAUGGAAUUAGUUAAUGAUGUUAAGGCUCGGUUGGAAACGAUCAGAGAGAGUGGUUGGGACAAUUUAUUUGGUGAUGUCCAAGAAUUUUGUGAUGCUAAUAGUAUUCUAGUACCAAAUAUGGACGAAGUAAUACCAGUUCGUGGUCGUUCAAGGAGAGAGGGAUAACGGUCACUAAUCUUCACCAUUACCGUGCAGAGAUUUUUUAUGUUGCCAUUGACAAAAUAUGUGUGGAGAUGGAUCACCGCUUUAGUGAAGGAGCAAAUUGUGUGCUUGAUUGCUUCUCAUGUCUUGAUCCCAAGGGCUCUUUCUCCAAGUUCAAUGUUGAUAAACUUGCUCGUCUUGCUGAAAUUUAUCAUGAAGACUUCUCUAAUGAUGAUCGUGGAACAAUAAGAGAGCAGCUCCUCACUUACAUAAGCCAAGUGAAAAGGCAUGCUUCUUUUUCUACUUGUGAUGAUGUUCAAAGUUUGGCUAUGAAGAUGGUUGAAACUAAGAAAAAUUUGGUAUUUCCAUUGGUAUACAAACUUAUUGAGUUGGCAUUGAUAUUGCCGGUGUCAACCGCAUCUGUUGAGAGAGCAUUUUCAGCAAUGAAAAUCAUCAAGAAUAAAUUGCGUAGCAAGAUCAACAACGAAUGGUUCAAUGACUUGAUGAUAUGUUACACCGAGCGGGCAUUAUUCAAGUUAGUUGAUGAUAAGGAUAUUAUUCGAACAUUUACAGCAAUGAAGUCUCGGAGAGGACAUUUGCCUCGUGAUUUUCUUUGGCGCACUAUUGUGUCUUCCAGGAUGUAUGGAUGGUGUCUCAUGGUGGUUUAGACGGCUACACUUUUGGUGGCAAGAUAAAUAGUUUGGCUGAGCGGCUCUAUGCUUCGUCCGAUUCUGUGACUUUUGUUGUCAAGUCACAACUUCAUUUGCUCUCGGAAAUGAAAUUUUGA